AUGACAAUCUCCAAUGAAGGUAGCCAGAUGAAGGCCCUCAGUGAUGAAUGCAACCUCGAUGGAGGGCAGAUGACCAUCAGUGGGAACCAAGACCAUUGUGGAGGCCAGACAACCUUCCAUGGGAACCAGGCCCACUGUGGAGGCCAGAUGACCAUCAGUGGGGACCAGGCCCCUUAUGGAGGCCAGACGAGCAUCAGUGAGGACCAGGCCCCUUAUGGAGGCCAGACGAGCAUCAGUGAGGACCAGGCCCCUUAUGGAGGCCAGACGAGCAUCAGUGAGGACCAGGCCCCUUAUGGAGGCCAGACGAGCAUCAGUGGGGACCAGGCCCCUUAUGGAGGCCAGACAAGCACCAGUGAGGACCAGGCCUCUUAUGGAGGCCAGAUGAGCAUCAGUGGAGGCCAGGCUCCUUAUGGAGGCCAGACGAGCAUCAGUGGGUACCAGGCCCCUUAUGGAGGCCAGACAACCUUCAGUGGGUACCAGGCCCCUUAUGGAGGCCAGACGACCUUCAGUGGGUACCAGGCCCCUUAUGGAGCCCAGAUGACAACUUUUAAAGGGAGCUAUACAAUGACCUUCAUUAGUGACCAGCCCUUUACUGGGGGCCAGAUGACAACACACAGUGGUGACCAGACCCUCUAUGGAAGUCAGAUGGUGGCCCUUAAGAGAGACCAGAAGACACCCUUCACUGAUGACUACAUUCUCUAUGGAAGCCAUAUGAUGCCAUGUCAGUCGGCACCACUGCCACACUCAGGAUUCCUGUACUUUUCAAGCCUCCAUUAUACUCAAGGACAGUUCCUAGAAAAUCAGAAGUCAAAACUUCAGACCCAGAGAUGUCAGUUCCCAAAGAAACUUGACAUUUUGAAGCCCUACAGUUGCUCAUACCAGAACUGUGGGAAAUCAUAUUCGAAGCGUUCCCACCUCCAAAUCCACAAGCGCAAACACACUGGAGAAAAGCCUUACAAAUGCAAUGUGCAGGGAUGCACCUGGAAAUUUGCCCGUUCAGAUGAGCUCAACAGACACAACAGAAAGCACAGUGGGGAGCGGCCGUACCUGUGCACUGUGUGCAACAAGACUUUUGCAAGAUCCGAUCACCUAAAGCAGCACCAGAGAGUCCACAUCCUGUGACUACUUAUCCACAGCCCAUGAGGAAAUGAGUACAGCCAAAAAUCUCUCCCUACUAAUCCUUUGUUUGCUC